AUGGAUGACCGUUGCAGCUCUCCCGAGAUCGAUGUUGUUGGAAUGCGCGAUAAAUGUCGACGAUUUUCCCAUCGAAGAGAAAUGUUGUCGACUUACUCGGGCAGAAAUGCUAGGAACAUUCAUCGAGCGAAUCAACGUGGCGCGAAUCUACCCGCGGCAAAUACAAAAGCGAAAGGCAAGAGCAAAGUAGAGACCGUCAAUCUUAGGGUUCGAAACAUGGGAAUUAUCAGGGUAAAGAAAGAGCCAGAGGAGGAAGAGGAUUGUGAGGUUUCUUAUUCUCUGAGUUCUCUUCUAGACGAGUGUGAUUUCGAACAAGCGCCGCGUAGGAAGGCCAGAGCGCUGAAAUCACCGACUUCUCUUGCACUCGCGCAGUCGAAAUCAGUGGAACCAGUUCGUCCUAAUUCGGUACGAUCAAGGCAAUCCUUGGAAAAUGUCAUCAGUUCACUAAAAUCUGCACGAGAUACAAGUGUAAAUAAACCCAGGUCUUCAACAAACAGGGCACCUAGCUUUCAGAAUCCUGUGGUCCCUAUAUCACUGCCCACUCAUAUACUUUCUGUAGCACCUGCUCCACACAACUCACUCAGUUCUGGAGCUCAAGGUGCUUCUGUACCACAGAUUAUUGAUGUACGUUCCCUAGCUACCAUACCUCAUAUUGUAUCAACUGGAACAGCUGCCAAAACUACUUUAAAUUUGUCAACUUCAAAACCAGUUACCCCUCAAUCAGUCCAGUUAAGCAGUAGGGCUCUUAGUGGUGCUUAUCCCUCACAAGGUGCCAUGGUGACAAGGCCAUUCAGUGCUGGUUCUCCUGCACAAAGUAUGCGUAAUGUGCCCUUAACUAAGCUGCUGACUCAGGGAGUUCAGGUUCCAAGUGCAAAACCAGCUACUGCAGCCUCGAAGCCUCUAAAUAUCAGAUUUGUUUUACCUGCUACUGCCCCAUUCAACACAACUGAAUUUCAGCAAAUUCUGCAGGCUGCUCUUGCUGCUGUGGUCAGCCAAUCCAAAGGGGUUGAUGCCAGUCUGUUGCAACAAGCAAUCCAAGGAGCACUAGCAACUGUAGCUAAGUCUCCUCAGCCAUUUAGUGUUAUGGAGCUGAAGGGAGCAAUACAGGAUUCUUUGGCAAAAUUGGUCGCACAUUCAGCUUCACCCACAAGAGUGUCAAGGCAGCAAGUCGUUGCACCCAAGCCGCCAAAUACAUACACUUCAACAGGUAGUGUUAAACAGUUAAAAACCUCUUCAGGUACAGCUAUGAGUGGAAUAAAUCCCACUUAUUCACCCCUAACUGUCACAUCUAAGAAUGUUGGUCCCCUCACACAAACUGGCGCUCUAACUUCUGGUGUUGAUACUUCAUCAUCAACAUCUUUGAAUUCUGCUAGAGAUGCCCUUGUUAAAGCACUACAAGAAAAGAGGAUUUUAAACAGUCCUCAGUCUUUGUCCUCUACAACAUCAAAAUUCACAUCUGACAUUUCACCAUCAGUUCCAGAACCUGUUUUCAUUGAUGAGCCAUGUUCAGAGUCCUCCCCACCUUCGCCAGAGGUACCCAUGUUACAAGAGCCUACUAUGGUUGCUUCUUCUGGGCCUCUGAACACUACCAACAAGACAAAACCUGUGGCAUCCACACCAGCAUCAGUUCCUUCUCCUACUAUCUCUACUACUCAUACAAAUCCAUCUCCCCAAGAUACAAUUUCACAAGCUCAAGUGGUAACAUCUACUGGAAAUUCUCCAAGCACAAAGAAAGCACCUUUUACACCUAGCAGCAGUAAGAACACGACACAACCAAGGAAAGCUGUGAAAGGUGGUUGUGGAGGUGGAUGCUGUCAAUUCUGUCGCACCUGUCUUGAAAAUGAUAAUACCUGCGGGCUUCCUUCAUGCCAGAAGACAUUUCCUUCCAAACAAGCUCUUAGGAAACACUACUAUUUCAAUCCCAAUCAUGCUCUUCGGAUCCCCAUAGAGAAGGCAUCAGUUGCAUGCGAGAACUUCUUACCCUUGGAGCUUAAUGAUUUGCACCGUAAAGCAAGAAUACGGGAAUUAUUUAAGCGCAUUGACGAUGAUGAAUUGAAGGAAUUGCUCUUGCCUCGUCUGGCCAAAAUUGUCUCACUUUUCCAGCUACUGGAGCAAAAGUCCCUUCGUGUUAGUCUGGGCAGUAUCUCUGCUUUCAAAAUGUUUACAGAGUUUGAACGCUUUAGAAAGGAAGUGGAGGCAAGUUUGCUAGACUUGAUUUUGCAGCCCCAAGGCAAAUCUUGUGGUAGGACUGGCAAACACGACAGUGGUUUGAACAUUGACAAAACUGCAAAGAGAAAAACAGCUGAUACUAGUUUUGCACAAGGAAGUCAGACUGCUGCAAGUGCAUUAGGGCAAGAUGUAUCUAAAGACAGGUCAUCAUCAGCUACAAGUGCAUCCUUAGAAUUUCUUGCAGAUGGUAAUUCAGGAGGAGUUACUUCACAAACUACAAAGAAAACUAUGGACCUAGAAGUUGAAUCCUCAGCUGGGAAGACCACAACUGAAGCUCCCAAAGCUGCAUCACAGCCUGAAUCACCGGAGAUCACUCGCUCUCUUGGCAAUGAAAGAGAUGAAAAUAAGGAGGAAGUACCUACUGCUGUUACAAGUGGUAAGAAGUCAGCAGAUAAGAUGUCUUCACUCCCAGAUGUCCCAGAAAAGAAAACUGCAGAUGAAGCAGCCAAGACUAGCUCCCUAUCUGAGCCAGUGGAGGUGGUUAGCUCUGGUGCUGGCAAAACUGACUUAAAUACAAAAGAAGUGGUCAAUCCUGUUGCAAGUGGCACUGGUGCACCUGAAGACAAAAAUACUUCUUCUGCAGAGAAUAACACUGAACAUUCUGGCAAAGAUUUUGGUGAUGUUGAAAAGUUCUCCCAACCUGGAAUGACUAAAAAACAGGAAGAUGUUAUACCAAGUGGAGAAGAUGGAAGAAAAGAGGACAAGCCAAACUCAAUUCCCCAGUCUGCUGUAGCAAACCAAGGUUUAAGUGAUGAUCAGAGGCCUGAAUCUUUGCAGCCAACUCAAGAAGAUGCUGGAGACAAUACUGAGAAGUCAACUUUGAAAAAUUCCACAUCUUCUCCCAUGGAGACUGAUGAGUGCCUGCCACAGCAUGUAACUGGGGAGGGUAGGAUGUCUUCAGAAAUUGAGUCAACUGAUGUAUUGAUGGCAGAUCAGGAAGAAGCUAAUCACACCACCCAAGAUGAUGCAACAAAUUCAAGUAAAGAAGAGCAGAAAAACGAACCUCAGAGAGACACUGUUGAAAAAAUUGAUGUUGCAAGGGGAGAGGGUGGCAAAGCAACUGUUUCUUCAGGAGGAGUGAGCCAGAAUACUGAGCAAAGCAACAAUGAGCAGACCGAAAGAGCUCUUGGAGUAAUGAAAGGAAUGGACUCUGACACUUUUAAGGCACAGGUUAGUAAUUUUACAGACAACAGUUGUACGCAAAGGGACAAAAUGACUGCAGAACAUUCUGAUGGAGCAAAGGAGACUGUUCCCGUGAACACUGAAAUAUUAGGAAACACAUCCAAGGCUCAAUCUACAGAAGAACAAACUAUGAUUCACAAUGAGGAUAAAACCAAUGGUGUAACCAAUGAAAAUACUCCAAAGCCAAAAACUAGCCAAGAAGAAACAGCAAAAAGUGGUAAAGAUAGUGUUAAACCAAAUGUGGCCUCUGAAGAUGUCAAAGUGCAACAAACUGUACAGUAUAAAGCUAUAGAGAGUCUUGAUGGAGACAAGGAAAUAGUUACCCCUGGCAGUAGCAAGGAAACAUUGCAUGAGGGUGGAAAUAUAUGUAACACAGUUGUUGACCAAGUCUGUGAAGAUGGAACAACAACUAGUGCUAAAAUUCCACUUGAAAAAAAAGGUGACAAGCAAGUGGUGGAGGUGACAAGUGAGAAAAGUGCUGAUACAAAAGCAGAUGCCAGCACUGAGAAGGAGUCCCAGGAAACUACUUCUGGUGAUGCUAAUGCAGCUGAGGCUUCUCCCUCAGAAAUUGAAGUUGGAAGUGACCAAAAGGUUGUUGCUAUUGGAAAAGAAAAAACUUUGAAAGAGACAUUAGAAGACCUUAUUUUGGAAGAUUUAGAUGAGUUGGAUGAAGGCAACUUAAUGGAUUUCAAUCUACCACUAGCAGUUAAGUGGGGUAGAGUAAUUAAAAAAGUCAAAGAAAAUGAGGCUAAGAAGAUUGCCAGAAAGGAGAAUUACUCUGAUCAAGACAUGAAACAUUUCAUUUUUCACAAGCCUAAGGAAGCAGCAAAUGCUGUCAUAAUUGCGUGUUGCCAUGCGCAUCCAAGCUUCUUCCGAGCCUAUGUCAUGCCAGCACUGUUGGACAAACACAUUGAUGACUUUGGUGUGUUUGGUAAAAAACUUUUGAGUCGACUAUACCUCUCACAGCAGAAGUAUGUGCAAGUUCUUAGAAAUAACAUUGGUCCACAAAUGGCAAAAAUACUUGGAAUAAACAUCUUCCCUACAUACAAAAGGAUACAAGACACCUGGGCCAUUGUUAAGAGGCCAGCAUGGACCACAAAUGGGCCUUCAGCAACGACAGUAUUCACCAUAGGGCCAGAAGAUGAGCAUGAAGUUCCUGAUGAUGCAGAAGGAAUAGAAUCUCGAGCAAAGACACUUGGAUCAUCAGUGCAAGAGCUACAUGGAUUUGUACAAAGUCAUGCUAACAGGGUAGAAGAGUCCCUCAAGAGAGCAUCAUCAGCAAACACUAUCCUACUUGAUGGAAAUAAGAGGCAAAGGCUGGAAAAUUCAGGUAACUUUAACUUUUCUAAAAGUGAUUAAUCUAAACACGACUAAGUUAUGGGUCAUAUUAAAGAGAGCCCCCUUAACCCUUUACUCCCUAACAUCAGUUUGAAUAUUCACCUUGCUAUUCCCUAAACAUUUCUUAGGGUUGUGACAAGGAGAAUUUGUUCAACAAUCAAGAGUUUCUAUUGUUGUUGAUCAUCUCCUUUGUCCUCAUGAUCUUAAUUUUUGAUUCAGAGGUUGCUUUUCCUUUUCUUUGUCUUAAUCAUUAUCAUAAUUUGUUAAAAAAAGGAAAUGAAAAUCAAACUGUUUUGAAAAGUUUCUACUUAACUUUCUAAAUCUUAACCCUUUAAGUCCCCCUUGUGAUCAAGACAGAAUUUCUCCUUACACUAUCAGUACAUUAUCAAGCAGACAAGUUAUGAGAAUAAAGAAAAUUAUAAAUUAUUGGUUGAUCCAAUUCCAAAUUCUCCAAACUAAUAUCACAUGAGAAUGACCUGCAUCUAAUUUCUCUUUAUGGUAAUAUUGCCGAAUUAUUCACCAAGAUUAUGAGAAUAAAGGAAUGUUUACAAACCUAAGAAGCUGUGAUCCUUAAGCUAAUUCUCCUGGUCAGUAUCAAGGGAAAUUUACAGAGAAGAGUUUGAAGAAUAUGGAUACUGAUGCUAGGGUUAAGAGGAGAUUUUAGCCAGAGUGUAUAGGAGUAUGUGGUGUUUGAGUUGUAUUUACAAAUAUCAGUGUACAACUUUCUAUGGUGCAUGUGUCUGUGUUGUGAUUAUCUGGGUUUUGGCCUUAUUUUUAACUUGUGGAGAUAUUAAGCUUGGAAAACAAGGUGUAAAAGGUAGAAAUGUACUGGUUUGUGAAGAAUUAUUCUGGACAGCUUUUCACUGCAAACAUGUAGUUGUUCACUUUUACAAGUGGUCAGCAAAUACACUUAGUAAAUCUGACCAGCUCAAUUCAUUUGAUUUGAUUUGAUUUGUUUUUCUUUUGAUUUUAAUAACAAAAGGAAAAUCUCAAAGUUUUAUACUUAACACUGUACAUCCUAGCAUCAGUAUGCAUAUUCUCCACACUUGGCUCUAUACAUUUCCAAAGGUGCUGACAAGAAGAAUUUGUUUAACAAUCAAGAGCUCCUUUAGUGAGAGAUCAUUUUCUUUACUCUCUUGACCUUAAUGUGUUAUUCAGGUAUAAUAUUUUGGGGAGAAAUUUAAUGCUGGUCACUUUUAGAGAUUAAAAGGCUAACUCUUUUAUUCCCAAGAUCUCAUUAGUAAUCCUCCUUAAUGUCUGCCUUAAAAUAAUUAUUUGUCUUGAUCAACUAUCAAUCCUUUAUCCCUUAAACUCCCAAGAUCUCAUUAGUAAUUCUCUUUACUGUCUGCCUUACAUUAAUUUUCUUAUGAUGUCAAUUUGGAGAAUUAAUUUUGGUAUUGGAUCAACCAAUAAUCCCCUAAUUGAUAAUUUUCUUUAUUCUCAUCACUUCCAUGCUUGAUAUUGUAUUGAUAUUGUAAGAAGAAAUCCUCUCUUGGUCACUCACAGGAGGUAAAGGGUUAAUAGAUAUUUUUCUUUAUUCUCAUCCCUUGCUUACCUGUUAUUGUAUUAAUAUUGCAAAGAGAAAUUCUGUCUUGGUCCCUCAAGGAGUUAAAGAGUUAAUUACAGGCAUCGACCAUGAUCAUGGUUGAAGGUUCUAGCACUCAUCAUGACAUACAUGUUUGUGUCCUUCAGAUGCCAAAACAGAUGCAGCUCAAAGCGAAAAGGGUAACAAAAAACCAACACUGGCAAGCUCAGAAAUGACUGUACAAAAAGAAGCAAGGCAGUUGAAUGAAGGGAUGAUGACACCAGUUGAAAAAGACAGUUCCAAGCCUGUCAAGCAAGGUGGUAAUAUGCAGAAAAAUAAAGCCAAAGAAAAACAAAAACAAGCAUUGGAUAAUUCAGCAGCACCAGGUAAGCCACGUUUUAUAGCUAGUGAUUUUGUAAAUUGUCUGUAAUGGGUUUCAAAUUUCCUUUAACCCUUAACACUCCAACAUCAGUAUGUAUAUUCUCCACACUUUUUUAUGCAUUUUCUAAUGAACUGACAAGGAGAAUUUGUUUAACAAUCAAGAGCUUCUUUAGUUGGUGAUUAUUUUCUUUAUUCUCAUGACCGUAAUGUUUGAUUCAGGGGUGAUAUUGUAGAGAGAAAUUAGAUGCUUGUCGCUCCUAGGGGUUCAGAGAAUUUGUAUAACUAGGGAGAUUUUGGUGUCUUAUGCAUUUAUCUAAAACUAUCCCCAGUACAUUGAAAAUCCUAGAAGUUUGGUUGGUUUACAAGUCAUUGUGUCUGAGUUCCUACAACAGACUUUUUUCCCCAAAUGGUUUUUAAACAUUUUUUCACAAUGUUUGCAGUAGAUUUUCAGAUACAAUGUACCUCUUUGGGUAUUUUUAAUUGAACAAUAAUUUUCCAACCAAAUGUAAAUAGAUAUGAGAAAUCUAAUUAUAUUGCUUGAGAAAUUAUUUAAAUUGUAAGCAGAAAUGACUUAUUGAACAUUCCUAGGAGUGGGAUUAUUUAUUGGAGGGGAGCAGAAGGGAGGGGGAGCUAAAUUGUAGUCAGAGAAAUAAAUGAUGAGAAAAUCUUAAGACAGAGAACAGAAUUUUGGUUUUAAAAUUUGUUAAAUACAAAUUAUUGAGGUACCUCUUUGGUUCUAUUAGGAUGUCAUGUCACUUAUUGUAUUCCUUGGUGAUGAUUAUUGAGCAGAUGUGGAUAUGCUAAUUUCAUUUAUUUGUUCAUCUAUUUUUGGUCAUUUUAAUAAGCUUGUUUGCUCUUUGCUGAACCCUUUACACCACAACAUCAGUUUGUAAUUUCUCCACACUGAUCUCUAUACAUUUCCCAAGGUAAUGAUAAGGAGAAUUUCUUUGACAAUCAAGAACUUCUUUAGUUGGUGACCAUUUCCCUAAUUCCUGUGACCUCAAGUUGUGAAUCAGGGGUGAUAUAGUAAUGAGAAGUUAGAUGCUAGUCACUCAUAAGGGUUUAAAGGUUUAACACUUCUGUCCACAUGCACUUCUUCAUCCAUGCCUGUAGAAUAUGACAUAGAGAAUGCAGGCUCCACAAGUUCAUCAAGUGCAUUAGGACAAGAAACUUCAGCCUCACAAGAAUCUGAAGACAGUAAGAAAGGUAAUGAGUACUGUAUUUUUCUUAUCUAUGAUCCCAAUUAGCACCUCACCAGACAUUUUGCAGGAGCACAGCUCCAGAAGAUUAUGAAUAAUUUUAUACAGUGUAAUUACUGGUUAAGUUUCAUUGUAUCAUCAGAGUCUUGAUUUCAUAAGUAGUUUAAGUCUAUUAUUUGGAGUUAUUUUUGUUUUUUUCUUACAGUCUCUCAGACAUACAUGUACAAUGGGACUACUUAUAUCUUUAUUUUGUCCAAACCCCUUACUCUGCUUGCGAGGAGGGGUUGGAAGGGAAUUACAAUUCAGAACCAUCUUAUUUUCCUCUUAACCCUUUAAUUCCCAGAUCAAAUUUGUAAUUUUAAUUCAGAGAAUUUAGCAUUGGCUCAACCAAUUAUACCCACAUUGAUAGUUUUCUUUAUUCUCAUCAUUUAUCUGGUUGAUGUUGUAUUGAUAUUGUAAGGAGAAAAUCUGUCUUGGUCACUCAUGGGAGAUAAAGGGUUAAAAGAAUAACUCAGUCUGUUAUUAAUCUGUGAAUUAUUAUAAGCAUGGGUAAUAUGCAUCAUAUUGUGGCAGGGGGAUUAUAGGACAUUUGUUUUCUAAUCAGCACACAGUCAUGUCAUAUAUCUCACCAAAGGCUGUCUUUUUUUUUUUUUUUUUAAUUCCUUUAAGAAAAGGUAUGAUUUAUAAUGUCAGAGUUAUCAAUACCCCCUCCCCAUCUCCAAAGUCUUGCACAACCUCAGAGUCCUGUCUUGAAAGUUCUAUCAAGUGGAAAAAUGAAACAUGCACCCUUACCCAAGUUUGUAUUCUAUUAAGAACAGUACAGAGAAUUUUACACACUAAUGUUAGGGUACAAAGGGUUAAAAUACCCAAUGGAAAAAAUAUCUACUGUUUAUAGCAAUUAAGUAAAAGGCCAGCACAUAAUCAUGCAAAGAUUUAGCUUUGGUGUGUAUGUACUUGUACUAGAAAAUUUCAGUUAGGAACUGUAUUCAGAAUGAAAAAUCAAAUCUCACUUGAAAGCAAUGAAAUACAAGCUCACAUGCUUGCCAAUUCACACAGAAAUUAGGCCGAAGUGUGGUUUGAUCAGGGCAAGAAAAGUUUUGUUUUUUGUUUUGUUUUGUUCCUGUCAGGAGAAUCUUCUUACCCUGGACAAUCAGUCAGGACUUUAUGAUAAAGUUUUCUAUUUCCUUCUGCUAAUUUUUUUUCCCAAUCAUUGAAGCUGAUACAAAAGGUGCUGAACCUAUGAGUGUUGAUCAAGAACAAAAGCAAGAUGAUAAAUCCAAAGAUCCACAGGCAACAGGUACCUAUGUACACAGUUUGUAAAACUGUUAACCUUUGAACUUUCAGAAGUGAUUUACAUGAAACUUCUCCCUAUAUUAUACAUACAUCAUCCAAAAACAGGUAAUGAGAAUACUCAAACUAUCAGUGGAGGUUGUUAUCAUGAUCUAACACCAAAUUCUCAUAACUCAUAUACAAGGAAACAUGUAGCAGCUACAUGUAGAUUUAGGUGGGAGAAUUAACAAUCAGAUCUUGGAAGUUUAAGUGUUGAAAGAAAGAAUCAAAUAUCAAUUAAAUGACAAAUUAAUACCUGUAUCAUAAAGCAGAAACAAUUUCUCUAUCAAAUUAUUGUUAGAAAUAUUACUAAAUAUUUUCUUGAAAAAAUUUCUUAAAUAUUGAUUUAGAAUAUUGUUUUGUUUAUGAUGAAUUCAUUUCUGUUGCCACCUUACUUGUGUUAACCAAUUUUGUUUUUAAAAUUUCUGUGAAAAAAAAAUUAUACAGAUUUUGAUGGCUAUGAUUGCUCUUAUGAAAUCUUCAAGAUAUUUCGAGCAAUAAGGAUUUUUGGUGAAAUCACAGAUACGCCUUAACAGAAAUGUGAUUUGGUUCACUUUAGGGAGUUCUGGGGCUGUUGAGAAACUUUCCAGUCGCUUCAGCGCUGCACAGUCAACCCCUACUGCUUCAAACUUUACAGACCAACCAGCACCUUCUACCACAACAAGUCCUUCAUCUCUUAUCCCUCCAAAAGGCAACCAUCUACACUAACCCCACUGGAAAGAAAGGAGAACCAUCUGUGCCCUUCCCUGUCACUAAAGGCUCUCCGUUGUUCUUAGUUCCUAUUGAGAAAAUCUCCCCUAAACUGAUAGAGAAGUUCAUUCAAGAAGCGAACAGAGGAGGUGUUAAAACCCGCAGCAGUGACAAGAAAAAAGGAAAACAAACCAAACAAACAAGUAAACAAAAACAACAAGGGUCACAAGUCCUUGUCUUGGUUCCAUCAUCCAUCCCAAACAGCAGUCCAACAAUCCAGGCAUUGACUUCAUCUGAGCAGUUGGAGAGUACUGGAGGCAAGAAGCCACUACUGCUUCUUCCUGCAGACAGAGUGCCAAAGACAAUUGCCAACCAAUCACAGACUGUGCGCCGGAAAAUGGUGAUUACCAUGGUAGCACAGUCAAGUGGUGCGAAGUCUCCAUCGACAUCAGCAUCAAGUUCAACAGGUAUCUCCUUUUUAGUUUUUUAGCUGUCAAAUUUUAUAUUCUCUAAAGUUACGACCGUGAAUCCUCUCUACUCCUAAGUGAUGAUUUUCAAUUCUCCCUUUAAGCCCCUGUUCAUUUUCUGGUAAAUUAUGAAAGAAUUUGAUAUAAUAUAUAUGUUUUUAACCAGGAUACAACGCCCUUUAGUUGAUAACUUUGCAUAUUUCCAUUACCCUUGUGCUUCUUAUUGCAUUGAUUGUGUAAAAAGAAAAUAUUAUGCAACAGGAAAGAAACACGUAGAUAUUCAAGUCUAAAUAUAACCUCUGCUUACAGUUCAAAUUCCUUUUAGUGGCAAGGUAGUAUGAAAAAUUUAUUCUGUAUCAAAAUUCUCCAUAUGAGCACUGUCAGUCUGUAUGUUUUUUUUUUGUGUUUGUGUCAGCGUCUAUUCUCCAUUCUGUUUACUAUUCUCCAUUUAUAUUGAAUAUUUUGUUUGUUUAUGCCAUUAGGUGAUCAGUCAAGUUUUCCUACUUCUGCCAUCCGCUCAGUAAAAGGACCAAUUAUGAGCACACAAGAAGGGAAAAGUAACACGACAUCAGCAGCAAGCUCCGAUGCCAGUAAGUCAGUGGAAGAUUUAACCUCGGUUGUUAAUAACACGUCAGCUCUUAAUUCGCCUGCGAGAGAACGUUUGUUCACCAGUGUGUCAGGGUCAAACGAAUCAACCUCCCAAGCUAAACUGUUGUGUAAGUCUAGCUCAGGAAGAGACGCGGUCCGAGAUUCUUCCGCCGAAAAAUUCUGCGGCAACAAAAAGAGCGCUGGGAAUAAGGAUUCUUCUUCUCAAGGUGCGGCAUCGGCGAUACCCUUGACCGAGAAUGACGUAGAUGGAAAUCGCCGGCUCGCCUGUAGUACAGAUUUCGAUCCGUUAGGGUCGAGUAUGCUUCCCAGUGAUACAACACUAGAUGACUUUUUGAAAGACAUGAACCGAGAUGGAACUGGUAGUGAUGCAAAUGAAAUGCCAUCUCUUGACCUGUCGGAAAUUAUCAGCAGCUUCGGAGACAUGCCAGCACAAUCUGGUGGUAACACGCCAGUUGGUGCGUCACUCGGGGACAUCACUACCACAAGUGCCGUGGGUCGAUCUGCAGACAGUCAGGUACCAAGCUUUCUUCAGGGGAAGCCGCAUCUUCAGGACGACGACCUCAGCCAUUCAACUACCCGGCGGCAGUCUCCAAGGAGAACUACCGCGCCUACAAAGUCAGCUUCGGGAAGCUCAUCAAGGGAUGUAUCAGAUACAGAUGGCGAGGGUGAAACCAGCGAGGGUUCUAGUCAUGACUACAGCUUGAGAAAAACCUCGUCACCGUUUUCAUCAGGUUUGUUUACUGUGCUUAUAGUAACAAGGUAUCGUGUGAUAAAAAGCGAGUGCAGCCAAUUAGAGAGCUGUAGAACCACCUCUACGCGAACGGCAAAAGUUCUUGUACAUCUUGUAAUAAGACUGUCUUCUCUGUCCGGAUAUCGUCACGCUCGCUAUGAUACAUAAUUGGCUGUGUUCUCUGUCUAACAGCCUUAGGUUUUUAUGUCUCAUGUAAGCCGUUAUUGCAGAAAAUUCUAACACGUGUUUAGUGGGUCGAACUAUUGGUGGUGGUACCUGUAAUAUAUAUUUUUUUAACAUCAGUUGUCAGGAGGUUUCGCCACAUUGUAAUAUAGCUCCUCAACGCUAAUCAGUUCAUCCAAUCACGACCAGGAAACGAACUUGUAAGGAGUGAACUUGCAGUGGGGCGGAAACAACGCAAGCUGCAACAGCAAACGAAAAAUAAUUUGUUUUUCCGUCCCAGGGAGGUGUUUCCAUAUUGGAAUACGAGUGUUAAGUGAUUUAUGUGUCGUACGUCAUGGUCGAGUUACUCACCUACUUUGCGUAUUGUUAUCGUAGUUCCCGCUUGAACAUUUUUUUUUUUAUUUUCUAUUAAGGUGCCUCCAAAGACGAUUCAGACGCAGAUGAAGGGAGUCCUUUAAGAAAGCGCCGAAGGGUUCCUACACGAACAAAUACGAGGUCGUCACUUCAAGUAACAUUUGUGUCUGACCGUGGAAUCCCGGCGAAAGUAUCUCACACUUCUCCAGCUAAAACCAAAGGGAAAAAACAUUGAAACAAAAGGGAAUACUUGGUCAUGCUGGACUCUGCGAGUGCGACUUGAGAGCAUCGAUGCUCUAAUAUAUGCAUUUUUCUUUUUGUUUAUUAUGCUGUAUAGUGUGCCUUUUAUCGUGCACCUCUGCAUUAGCAAGCUGCAGUAUAUUCGUUUGAUAAG